UAGGGAGAGAGAAAACGGGAAGUGCCGCGCAUGCAGAUUACGAAUAUAAAUAAACCGACCGUGCGAAUUGGUGGCUUUUCGCAGAGCGAAAUCGGGAGCGCCGCGAAUCCCACCGCAAUCUCUCAACUCCCGAAGCUGGAUAGCGAAGUGUCGCGGACACGACGCACGACCGGGUGAAGGUGAAGUACGACGGGGAGAUUCGUGUGUGGGGAUCCAGUAGGAAAUGGCUGCCGUUUUGAGGAGAGAAUUUCGUACCGUGACGAGCGUGCUCGCCGGGAACGGGAAUCUACCGUUGCUCGCAGCCGUACGGUAUCUGACGAGAUCGUCGAUCCGCUACGACAUCAGCGAGGGAUGGCUGAGCAAACUCCUGGUGAGGAAGAUCGAGCCCACGAAAGAGUCGCACUCGCGAAUGCUCUCCGACAAGGAGGUCAUUUAUGCACUGCACACUCAAAACAUACGGCCAGAUUCGAUUGACAAAUACUUGGCCAACUAUGAGGAACACGUUAAUCUGAUACACUCAAAAAAAUCUGAUUUGAAUUGCGAAUUAGUGGGUUCGUGGACAGUGGAAGUAGGAGACUUGGAUCAAGCCUUACAUUUAUGGCAGUACACAGGUGGUUACGAACGUAUAGAUCAUACACAAGCUGUGCUCUCUAAAGAUGAGUCUUAUCAACGAUUGCAAACGGAACGUGGGAAUUACUUAAGAUCACGUCAUUUGCAAUAUUUGUUGGCGUUCAGUUAUUGGCCACCGCUGACAAAAAGGAAAGGGCCAAACAAAUAUGAAAUACGUAGUUAUAGUUUGACACCAGGCACGAUGAUAGAAUGGGGAAAUAAUUGGGCUAAAGCUAUUAAUUAUAGACGGAACAAUGAUGAACCGUUUGCUGGUUACUUUUCGCAAAUUGGUAGAUUGUACAAUGUACAUCAUAUUUGGUGUUACAAGGAUCUUCAAUCACGUAAAGAAACGCGUGAGAGUGCUUGGAGAUCGCCCGGUUGGGACGAGUGUGUCGCUUAUACUGUACCUUUAAUAAGAGAAAUGCACUCGCGCAUAUUAAACCCAACUUCGUUCUCGCCUACGAAAUAAAAUUUAAACGGGUGCGAACACAAAUGCAUUUGUAUAUUAUAUCAGUUAUUUCUUAUAAAUAUAUAUAUGUAUGGAUUGUAAUAUUGUAAAAACAUUUGUUACAUGUAUACACUGUGUAGAUUUAAGUUGUAUGAACUUUUUACGCGCAUGAGAAAAGCUACAAAUUUUUGUUGUAUUACAACUGGCAGGAAUGUAAUAGUUACUAUUUAAUGUUAUACACUAGCAAAAGCGACUGUUUAUA